AUGGGCAAGGAGGCGCCAUCAACGCCGGAUAGACGGCAUGCCAACAACUUCGCAUUCUCGCAGUUCGAAGACAGCCCAUCAAGCACUCCCCUGGAGGCUCCCCCCUCAGCUUCGAAUCUCGGUAGCUCGGCGCUCCAGUUUGACCCGCCAAGGCCUCCCAAUUUUGGAGUCAGCACAACCUCGAGCACGGGCGGAGGAGGAUUGUUUGGUCGAACACGCAACCCGAAUGCUCCUCUCGGCCGGCCCAUCGGAGGCGGCAGAGCACCCUCUGGGCUGAGCCGACAGCUUCGUACGGAUGACAACGACGACAAGGAGAUUGAUUUCGACGAGGACAUUGAUGACGAUAACGAGCUUCCCCCUCUAAGAGGGAGUUUAUUCCGCAUGGCAGCUCCACCAGUGAGGCCAUCUCAAAGAAAGGAAGAGCCCGAUACUACUGACGACAUGGUGGAGCGGUACAUCGAUGAGGAAAUGGAAGAGGAAGAAGAGGCUCCCAUGGACGAGGAACAGAGUGCAGAUGACUCUGAUAUGGGCGACAUCUUCUUGAACAUGCGACACGAUGACCGUGCAUAUGGCCAACCUCUCAUUGGCGAGGAGUCGGAUUUGAUGAUGUUGCAAACCCCUGCGGCAACAGCCAGAGUGCGCAAAGAAGCGGAGAGCAUAUUUAGUCAAUCGGCUCGCUUUAGGGCCUCUGGAAGAAACCAACCGCUUCAGUUUAGCACCAUUGCCAAGGAUAUCUAUACCUAUCAGGAGCCUGCUAGAAUCACGGAGAAGCCUGAGUUGAUCCUUAAGACGGAAAACCUGGUCUGCCAGCUAUACAAUGAUGGGGUUGGCGCCCAUGACGACCCAGAGAGGCUAGAAAACUCGCUUGCUGACAUCACCUACAAGCUGAUAAGGGUUUGGACGGACUACGUAGAAGAGCUCCCACCUCCAGAGGGCGAAGAUCUGGCUACCAUUGGUCCCGGGGAAGACGCAGAUCCAUUUGAAAAGGCCGUCUACGUCGCUCAUUUGAUUCUCCGUAUGCACCACACCCGGUUCGACACGAAGCUCGAGGAUGAUAAAGCGUCACCCUUGCCGGAGAUUUUGUUUGACUGGAUGCAGUCCAGCCACAACCUGUAUCCCGACCAAAUUCGAGAAAUCUCCAGAUAUAAGCCCAGCCCCGCAUGCCAUAGCCUGUACUGGCAGACACUGAGAAAUGCGCUGCUGCGAGGUGAUGUAAACGGAGCGAAGCAGCUUCUGAGGAACGCUGGUUGGGAGCAUGUCCGCCGCGGCCCGCUAGGAAGCCAGACCUACAUUGGCAAGGCCCUUGAAAACGUACGAAGAUUUGCAGAGGCCACGUGCGAGAUGCUUGACCAGUGCCCCGGAGCACGAAACGACUGGGAGAUUCUUAACAGCAGCUGGACCUUGUUCCGAGUCCAGGCUCGCGGCUCUUUGGAUAGACUCACACUGUUUGCCGAAGGCAAAGACACCAGCCUACUCGACUCUCUGAAUGACGAAGUCGACACAUCCAUGUCGGCAAUGGCCAAGAAAGCCUCAAGCCAGAUUCCUUGGGACAUUUACGAAAAUCUGCAGACGGUAUACGAAAUUGUCUUGGGACAAACCGAAGCCAUCUUGGAGACGGCGCAGGAUUGGUGUGAGGCAACAAUUGGUUUGUUUGGUUGGUGGGAUGAGGGUGUCCAGCGCCCCAAGAGCCUGCUGCAGUCCCAGUUUGGUAUGCCAGGCAUGUCGCCAGGCAGUUUCACAGACUCUGAGGACUAUUUCGACCGGCUUGUGAACGUGUUCAACCUUGUUAUCCAAUCCGGUCUUAGCCCCAACUCGAUGAACCCCGUCGAGGUUGCUCUUGCAUCUGCUUUUGAGGGCAACACCAAUGCCGUCAUAGGAUGCUUGAGGACUUGGUCUCUCCCGGUGGCUUGUUCAGUGGCUGAGAUUGCUUCUCUGGGUGGGUGGCUUCCCCCGCCAGAACCUGUGAAGCCGCUGCCGGCUGAUACCCUGGACAUGGAUGACUUGAUGCUCCUUGGAGUUGGACAGCCUAGCACCGAUGAUGUGGAGGGUAUCAAGGACACGAGCAUUGUCAUUUACGCGAGAGAGCUGGCAGGUAUUGAGCAUCUUUCGCCGCAGCGGGAUGGUUGGGAGAUGGCCAUUCAGGUGCUGGGGCGGAUGGACGUACCGGAAAAGGCAGAAGAGACGGUUGGCGAACUGUUGAGGGACCUCCUGGCAACACUGGACGAGACCUCUAGCACAACGGUGGACAAGAUGUGGAGAAUCCUGAGCGACCUGGGCAUGAUGAAUUAUGCUGAGGAGACUGCAGAGACAUUUGCCGAAAUCUUGUCCAAAGAGUCUCACCGAUAUGGUGAGGCGAUUUGGUACUUUGCGCUUUCUCACCGGACAGACCGAGUUCGUGAGGUCCUUAACCUUCUCAUGUCCUAUUCGCUCGUACAGUCAACAGUUUACCCUGCCGAAAAGGACCUUGACGAAGAUCUCAAGAGCAUGCUUCGCAACAGAUCAGAGACGUUGGAGGAACGGGCGAAGAUUGACCUAGAAGCAGCUCAGCUGCUGGGCCGGAUGCUCAGUGGCUAUGCGACGCUGCGCAAAUUUUACGAACUCCGGGACGAAAUAGCAAAGGUUGAAGAGACUUCGCCAUCCAGGGCUCUUUUCCUAAGGAAGCAAGCUGCGUUUGCGUUGGUGGCUGUCAUCUCUAGUUCAGGCGACAACAUUCGUGGUGGGCUUUACGAUGAGACGAGAGAUGCUGUGGUGAGCGAAGACUUCCUGUUGGCUCUGCUUGGUGAAGCGACUGUCUUUAUCAAUCAGUCGCCCUCGAUCAUCUCCCUCGAGCAGCUUGAUAUUCUCCUCAAGGCCAUUGAGGAUAUCCAAGCGGUCGGAUCCCGCGUGUACUCGACUUGUGAAGAGUUUUUCAACCUGGUGCUUGCAUCAGGACAGGGUCUCAAGGGCUCUACGCCGGCGGAUCUGAUGAAGUCGACUGGCGCGCUUGGCAGCAGCACAUUCAUGAUGAGCGGCAGCUCUCUCCUGGCCAGCCACAUGCAAAAGUCCAUGAUGGGAGGCCCGGGCAAAGUGAAUAGGGGUUGGGAUUGGAGGAAGGGCUGGCUAGCCAACACCAAGGGAGAGGACGUGAUUCGAAAGCUGCGGCUGGGCUUGGCCAAAGACCUGGCGGCGCUAUGGCUGGAUGACGCUGAUGGAGUUGCAAUUUACUAG